GGAGGACCUGCUCGGGCUCCGCGGAGCUAACCAGCACGGCAGGAAGUGCGCGGCUUUCCUCCCGGGCUGCCGACGGCACCUCCUCCUGUCCGUCCGAUCAGGGUGGCCCGGGCUGGCCAGCGUCCCACUGCACGGGUGCCCCUCAAGGACCCUGAGACAGCCCUCCAGAGCGCAGCCGAGCCACCGCCAUGUCGGACUACGAGAACGAGGACGAGUGUUGGAGCGCCCUGGAGAGCUUCCGCGUGAAGCUCAUCUCCGUCAUCGACCCCUCGCGCAUCACGCCCUACCUGCGGCAGUGCAAGGUGCUGAACCCCGAUGACGAGGAGCAGGUGCUCAGUGACCCCAACCUGGUCAUCCGCAAGCGGAAAGUGGGCGUGCUCCUGGACAUCCUGCAGCGGACCGGCCACAAGGGCUACGUGGCCUUCCUCGAGAGCCUGGAGCUCUACUACCCGCAGCUGUACAAGAAGGUCACCGGCAAGGAGCCCACCCGCGUCUUCUCCAUGAUUAUCGACGCAUCCGGGGAGUCGGGCCUGACGCAGCUGCUGAUGAGCGAGGUGCUGAAGCUGCAGAGGAAGGCUCAGGACCUGACGCAGCUGCUGAGCUCCAAGGACGACCUCAUCAAGGAGCUGCGGGUGAAGGACAGCCUGCUGCGCAAGCACCAGGAGCGCGUGCAGCGGCUCAAGGAGGAGCUGGAGGCGGGCAGCCGCGAGCUCAAGCGCUGCAAGGACGAGAACUACGAGCUGGCCAUGCGCCUGGCCCGCCAGAGCGAGGAGAAGGGCGCCGCGCUCAUGCGGACCCGCGACCUGCAGCUGGAGAUCGAGCGGCUCAAGCACAGCCUCAUGAAGGCGGAGGACGACUGCAGGGUGGAGCGCAGACACACGCUGAAGCUCCGCCACGCCAUGGAGCAGCGGCCCAGCCAGGAGCUGCUGUGGGAGCUGCAGCAGGAGAAGGCCUUGCUGCAGGCGCGCGUGCAGGAGCUGGAGGCCGCCGCGCAGGAGGGAACGCCGGACAAGAGCAGCCCGUACAUCCAGGUGCUGGAGGCGGACUGGAGGCAGGCGCUGCGGGAGCACCAGGAGAAAGCCGACACCAUCCUGUCCCUGCGCAAGGAUCUGCGACAGGGCGAGGCUCUGCGCGCCCGGUGCCUGGAGGAGAAGGAGGUGUUCGAGCUGCAGUGUCUGGCCCUACGGAAGGACUGCGAGAUGUACAAGGACCGCAUCGCGGCCGUCCUGCAGCAGAUGGAAGAGGUCGCCUCCGAGAGGGACCAGGCCAUCGCCACGCGGGAGGAGCUGCACACACAGCACUCUCGGAGCCUGCAGGAGAAGGACGCGCUGCGAAAGCAGGUCCGCGAGCUGGCCGAGAAGGCCGACGAGUUGCAGCUACAGCUGUUCCAGUGCGAGGGCCAGCGGCUGGCCCUGGAGGGCAGGCUCAAGCGGCAGCAGCUGGAGACGCUCGUCCUGAGCUCUGACCUGGAGGACAGCUCACCCAGGAACUCCCAGGACGUGAGUGUGAACCUCAGGCUCUCGCUACCCCCGGACCUGGAGGCCACCCGGCUGUCAGACAAAGGUGGCCCCGCCAACAGGGACGGCCCACAGCAGCCCCCUGAGGCUCUGCAGGAGGAACCGCUUCCACCGAUCCCCAACAACGCCGGCCUGAGCGGCGGCGAGCCCCCGGAGAAGGAGCGGCGGCGCCUCAAGGAGAGCUUCGAGAACUACCGCAGGAAGCGCGCCCUCAGAAAGCUGCAGCACGGCUCGAGGCAGGGGGAAGCGGACUGGGAGAACACCACGGGCAGCGACAACACCGACACGGAGGGCUCCUAGCCAGCCCGGCAUGCGAGGAGGACGGGGCGCCGAGCCCGAGGGGCGCAGGCACGCCGGCGCCCACGCACCGUGAUUUGCACAGGCGUGCUCUGUCUGUGCGACGCAGAUGCGUGCAGCAGUGUCAGAAAUGCAGUUUCACAAAUAAAGGAUUACCGUCCCAGCA